UCCUCCCUGCCCCCCCCCCACCGGCUGGUUUCUUGGUCCUCAGUCUGCAAUGGCCGCCCACCUCCUGCCAUGUCUUCCAAGCACAGCUCCUGCCAGGAGGUCGGGGACUUGGCCAUCAAGUUUCUGGGCGGCCUGGUCUUGCUCUGCGUAGCCAACAACGUCAUUGCUCUGGUGAGGACGGUAGAAAGGUGUUGGGGGGAGGAAUAAUGCCUGCUAGGCCAGAGGCCUGGGAUGCGGGUGGCGCUGUGGGUUAAACCACAGAGCCUAGGGCUUGCCUAUCAGAAGGUCGGCGGUUCGAAUCCCCGCAACGGGGUGAGCUCCCAUUGCUCAGUCCCUGCUCCUGCCAACCUAGCAGUUCGAAAGCACGUCAAAGUGCAAGUAGAUAAAAAGGUACCGCUCCGGCGGGAAGGUAAACGGCGUUUCCGUGCGCUGCUCUGGUUCACCAGAAGCGGCUUAGUCAUGCUGGCCACAUGACCUGGAAGUUGUACGCCGGCUCCCUCGGCCAAUAAAGCGAGAUGAGCGCCGCAACCCCAGAGUCGGCCGCAACUGGACCUAAUGGUCAGGGGUCCCUUUACCUUUACCUUUAACAUGGGGAUUAGCAGCUAAUAAAAGUUUGGGUUCUCUUUUGUUCGGGGCUUCCACCUUGUUCCACCUGGUGACAGGUGGGAGUCCUGUGGCGACAGUCUUCAAUCAAGACCAAGCCUACUGGCUGCUGUUUUGCUCUGGUAUUCCUGGCUGGGGUUCUUGUUUUUUUUGUCCAAGGGAGCCCUCAGAUUUCUCUGUUAACACCCCCAAAUAUUAAGUCUCCAGCUGCCAACAGUGGCCAGCCAGGGGCGCCAGAGUCCACCCCUGACCUCUUCCCUCUGGCUCUGGGGCAGGAAAUUCAAGAAUUGUAGACCUGUAGAUUUGGGAGGGACCCCUAAGGGUCAUCUAGACCAACCCCCUGAAAUGCAGGAAUGACCCAAGCCCAAAUGGCCCACCUGAAGCUGGGACUGGUUUUUGGAGGAGGGCACCUGAUGCCCCACUCACUGGACCUGCUGACCUCAUAAAAGCCAGCAGGGAAGGGCUGAGCGAUCAGCUCUGUGGGGCAGGGAAUACUUUCCUCUGUGAAGGAGCGUUCCCAGACCCGGUCUCAAAUCUUCCAUUCUUGGGCAAGGUGAUUGAGGGGGGUUGCUGAACGACUCCAGGCACGCCUGGAAGAAGUGGACCAUUUGGGUCCCUUCCAGUCAGGAUUCAGGCCUCAUCACGGGACUGGAACAGCUUUGGUCGGGAGAAGUGAGGUUACAGGGAACCAGGCAGAGGGCCUGGUUUUUUCUUGGUGGUGGCACCCGCCCUGUGGAACGGCCACAUAAACAACGAUCUGACUUUCAGAAGACACCUGAAGGCAGCCCUGUUUAGGGAAGUUUUUAAUGUUUGGUCUUUUAUCGCUAUUAUUAUUCUGUUGGCAGCCGCCCAGAAUGGCUGGGGAAACCCAGCCAGAUGGGCGGGAUAUAAAUAAAUUAUUAUUAUUAUUAUUAUUAUUAUUAUUUCUCCCCCCUCCCCAGCUCUGCCUGCCUCCGCCGCCCUUCAGCAGCAAAGAGGUUCCCCGGAGCAAGCGCAAGAGAGAGAAGCAGGAAAGGGAGGAGCAGGAGGCGAAGGAGGCGCUGGAGCCGACAAGCAGCCAAGGUCGGGGAAUCAUUUUUGUGGGAUGAGAAAACUUGGGGAGCCACCAGAGGCGGGGGGGGGGGGCAGGAACAAUGCAGGGGCAGCCUUGGACCAAGAUCCCCAUCCACAUCCUGGCCCCCUCCUCUGAGAGUGAGGUGGCCACAUCAGGCGACUGAUUUUGGGGUGUUGAGAAAAUGCAUUUGAAUAGUUGCAUUUGAACGGUAAGGGAAAGAGAGAGUAAAACCCCUGCUUGCAGGAUCCUCUACCUCAGAUGAUGAUGAUGAUGAUAAUGAUAAUAAUAAUAAUAAUAAUAUUUAAUUUAUAUCCCGCCCUCCCCAGCCGAAGCCGGGCUCAGAGCAGCUAACAACAGUAACAGUAACACAGUUUACAUAAAAUCACAAUCAAUUAAUUGAAAUGCAUUCUAAUAUCAAUUCAUUCUAAAAUCAAUUCAGAGUCAAAUUAAUGGCAACCAUUGGGCUAGAGUUCUGUGGGGAUUACCAAAGGAGGGGGUCAGACUGUGCCCUGGCCAAAGGUCUGGUGGAACAGCUCUGUCUUGCAGGCCCUGCGGAAAGAUGUCUAGUCCCGCAGGGCCCUGGUCUCUUGUGACAGAGCGUUCCACCAGAUCGGGGCCACGACCGAAAAGGCCCUGGCCCUAGUUGAGGCCAGCCUAACCUCCCUGUGGACCUCCAAGAUUGGCUGACUUUGGCUGCUAUGCAGAGAGAGAGAGAGUCUUUGCUGUUGUGCUUGAGGCAGGAAAACUCUGGAGCUCGCGGGACCAACCACACACACACACACACACACACACACACACACACAGCCCCUGCCGCCUCAGAGCACCUUCCUGCUAAUGCUCCCUUGGAGAGGCUUCCCUUACACGAAAUCUAUAAUUUAGUGUGGCAGCACAUACAACUUUGGAACUCCCUACUGUUUGACACCAGGCAGGAACCUUCAACGGCACUACUUCCGGCGCCAGGUGCUUAGAAAUUGCAUUCUGUCCUGUGCGCAUUAAAGUCAGGUUACAAAUUAUUCCCCAUUUCCCCGGGUAACGGUAUAUCUUCCUGGUAAACCGCUCGAUGGUGUUGCUGUCGCCGUUUCCUACAAGUAGGCGGUGCAAAAAAACAAAAAAAACCCCUCAUGCAAUGAAAAUCUCCCGUCGGGUGGGCCGGUGUGACUUUGGGUACUGGAACGGCCGAGUGCCUCUGGCGCACGGAAAGGUCCGCAGAUAGGAGUGCGUCAAAAUUGGGACGGGGGCACAGAGAGGGAGCAGCAAUUUGGGGACCCUCCUCCUUCGGGCCUCACCAUCUUCAUUCUCUCUCUCUCUCUCCGCACCCCAAUUUGCAGAAGGCGGACGCCCCAAGAGCGCGCGCAGCACCCACCGCGCCUCCUCUCGUCCAGAGGCGGCUCCCCGGACGCACAGACACAGCUCCAGCCGGGCGGCCCUCGGCGGCGGCAGCGGAGUGAGCCGUCGGGGCUCCAGGCGGGACGGGACCGACGGGAAGCGCCCCGAGCCGUCGAGCAGCGCCCGACGGCGGGAGCAGCAGCAGCAACCCGAGGAGUUGGAGGACCCGUCGGGGCGGCGCCGGCGCUCGGGGCAGCAGGUGCCGAGCCGCUCGCCGUCCCCUCGGGAGCGCCGCCUGCGCGCCCCCUGCCCCUCCAAGAUCCUGAUCCUGCGCACGGACUCCAAGGGCGAAGUGCCCAAAGGGAGCUGCGGCGGCGCCCCUCGAGGGCAGGUGGUCUACGACGCGCGCUGGCUCCCCUGCGUCCUGGGCGAGGGCGGACAGGCGACGCUGCUGCCCCAGCAGCUCCGAGAGCUGUGCGGCCGGACGCCCCCCAUCAGGCGGCCAGGGGGGGUCUCGCCCGCCCGAGUCAGUAAAGAAGUCGCGAAGUGAGCCC